CCCCGCCAUAUUGUUUACAUUUUGGGUCAUUGUAUCCCGAUUUCUUGCGUGCGAUUAUUUUUAAUUUUAACUCAAUUACACUCGUUUUAUCAUGGAAACAAUAGUCUUAGACCCCGGAGAAGAUGUUAAAUAUGAUUUUGAGCCUACUAAAGUAAUAUGUAGGUGCUGUUUAACGACGGAAAAACGAAUGAUGAGCGUAACAAAAUUCCAGACGUUGUUCAGGGAUUUGGCUGGAUUAAACGUAACUGGGUCAGAUGGUCUACCACCGUGGGUUUGCUUUGAGUGCGGUGCGUUGCUGCAAAAGAGUCUGCGCUUCAAGAAUAAGGUGUUGAGAGCUCAUACAAUGUUGUAUGAUUAUCUUGCACGCUGUGCUCCAUUCCCAAUCGAGCCUCAGGAUGCAGAGUUGUUAAAAUACUCCAGUCCAAAUCUCAGUACCACCGGCGUGCUCACUAUAGAUAUUAUUGGCAAAGGAAAAGCUGGUUAUCACCAAGUUUUAGAGCAUGAAAAACUAGUUAACCAAUCAGGUUUGGACGACAUAGAUAUAAACUUGUUUAAUAAAAUAGAUAAUGAGGCAGUUAAAGAGGAAAACAAUGGAUUUUCUGACAUCGAAGACAAUAUAACUUUGGAUGAAAUUAGCAGGACGGUAGCCACAAAGAUAACUGAUGAUGACAUACAGUCAUUAUUACAAGAGACUGGACAUAUAGAUGUGGAGAUAAAAGAAGAACCGCCACACAAGAAGAGUAAGAAGAACAAGACUAAGCAGGAUAAAGUUAAGAAGAAGAAGAAAGAAGAAAAAAUAAAGCCAGACUCAGAAUCUACACCGGGCAAGUCUUCCAUAAGAAAAACAAUAGAAUUGGAUCCUACCAAGAUUAAAAUAAUCACUUUGAACCCUGAAGAACAAAUUAAGCAGAGAGAGGAAGAAAGCAAGAUGGGUCUAAAGUUCCCGUUUCAAUGUAAUUUAUGCUAUAAAGGGUUCAAUUUUGAGUCGAAAUUACAAAAUCAUAUGAAGAAGCAUAGUCCGUCCCGCGGUCCGUACGAAUGUACACUAUGUCAGAUGUACUUGCCCACAGCGUACAGUUUCAGCGUACAUUCGAACAUACAUAACCGGAGAUAUGAAUGUAUGGCCUGCGGGCGACAGAUGACCGACCGGACUUCUAUUAUAGAUCAUUAUAUGUCACAACAUGAAGGUUACGUAAAUAUAUACACAUGCAGUAUUUGUGGGAAAAUUUCCAACAAUAACAAAACGCAUCGUGGUCAUAUGAGAAAUCACCACGGCGGCGAUAGACCGAAGUGUGACCAGUGUGGAAAAACAUUUGUAAAUAAAGACUCUUUGGCUGAACAUCAACAAAUCCAUGACGGCAUAAAGCAUUAUGAAUGCUCAGUAUGCAACAAACGAUUCAGAACUAGAACUCACUUGAAGAUUCACCAGCACACCCAUUCUGACGUUAAGGAGUUCUACUGCGUCGAGUGUGAUGUCAGAUUCAAAUCGGCACAUAAUCUGCGCCAACAUUUAAGUAAGACUAUGAAACAUCGGGACAAGCAGACUUUAAAAUUCGAGUGCACGCGCUGCCCGCGGCGCUACGCCAGCGCACGCGCGCUGCUCGUGCACGUGCGCGUGCAGCACGAGGGAACGCGCGCGCACGGGUGCGGCGCGUGCGGCGCGCGGCUGGCGUCGCGCGGCGCGCUGCGCAAGCACGCGCGCGCCGUGCACCAGCGACACCGCGCGCAAGCCAAGCACGUCUGCCACACCUGCGGGAAGGCAUUCCGGGGUAAGAGCGUGCUAGUGAACCACGUGCGGACGCACACGGGGGAGAAGCCGUUCGAGUGUACGGAGUGCGGUCGUCGCUUCACGCAGCGCACCGCCAUGCGGACGCACGUCAAGCUCGUGCACCUCAAGCUCGCCAGGACUGCUAAGGUGAAGCCCGAAGUCCCGGCGCCGCCGUCCCCGAAGCUGGAGGCGUACAAGCCGGAGCCCCUCAUCCUCCCUGAACCCUGGAGACAGCCUUGCGACGUCUUCUUCAGCGUCAGCGCAGGACCUUAGACUGACCCAUCAUCAUCUCCCGAGCACCCAACUAUGUUGUGGCUUCAAGUCUAAUCGCAUGCAGCUGAGUACCAGUGUGUCACAAGGAGCGACUGCCUAUCUGAUCUCCUCAACCCAGUUACCUGG